ACUGGUUGUAUAUAUUUACUUCACCACAGGUUAUGGAUAAUGCCUCAGCCCACGGACGAGCCUUGAGCCCGGGACAAGCAUGGACACUUUCCUCAUCGUUCCCACGGCAACCUUCAGAUGAUGUCGACUACGAAGUUGACAUAUCUAGUUGGCAAACUAGUAAUGAAACAUCGGACGAUACGGAGCAUGAUGAAAUUAUUUACAAGGUUACUUUGGCGUGGACGAUCUCCAUUAUGAUUACGGGCUGCCUUGGUAACAUUCUCGUUGUGUCGGCAGUCUUGUUGCAUCGAGACUUGCGUAAAAUAGAAAACGCUUUUAUAGUGAAUUUGGCCGUGGCUGAUAUGGUGGUAUCCCUCCUCGUCAAUACUUUCUCCAUCAUUGGUAUCGUCACAAAGGGUGAUUUCUACGUGGACAGAGAGUGGUUGUGUGAAACCAUCGGAGCUAUCUGCAUGACAAGCUGUGCGUGCUCUAUGUGGAGUAUUGCUGCUAUUGGUGUGAACCGUUACGUGAUAAUAUGUCACUGGGCCAAGCAUAGCAAUAAUUACAAUCGUAAGACCGUUUCUCUGAUGCUCGUAGCGAUAUGGACCAUAUCUUUCCUCAUUGAUCUACCAAACAUUGUCAACUGGGGUGGGCAUCGUUUCGAUUGGAAAACCAUGGUUUGCACUGCAGAUAUGGCCAUCGACUACUCAUACACAAUCUACUUCUCGGGCAUGGCGUUUGGGAUUCCUCUAUGUGUUAUUAUAUACAGCUAUGUCCGCAUCUACUAUCACGCCUGGAAAUCCUCGUCCAGGCUUAAGAGGGUCGCUGAAAAAGAUGGAUUAUCUCUCAGACAUUCAAACGACAUGAAGCUCGUUAGAUCGGUUCUCAUCAUCAUCGUCGUCUUCGUCUCAAUGUGUGCACCGUAUGCUUUAACUGUGAUCAUUGAUCGCCACACAGUGGCACACAGAAAUAUGUACAUAUUCUCCGCUCUACUGGCCCACACUAACAGUAGUAUCAACUGCGUCAUCUAUGCUGCCACCAAUCGCAAUUUCAGACAGGGUUAUUUGUAUUUCUUCAGGUUGAUUUUUUGUCGAGAUAUUGACUCUCAAUCCGUGGUAACUUCAAAGAAAUUAAAGUCUUCAAAGAAACCCAUCCAGCUAGAUGAAAUGAUAUAGAAACAAUCAUUUUCCCCGAUGAUGAGCCUGAUACACUCGACAAUGCCAUUAAAGGGGAAGUUCACCUUGACAAAAAGUUUAUUGUAAAAAUAGCAAACAGAA